AUGUGAAUAUUUUCCCCCAGAUAUUUUCAGAGUAAGGAAAGCCCUGUGUUACCACUAUUGACCUGUCAGCCUAUUCCUCUGAGUUGGAACCUUCAGUUAUCUUCUCAGUCUUGGGGAAACUCCUUCUCAGCCACAGACAUCUCGAAUUAUAUCCUCCACAUCACCUUUCUCUAUGCCCAGGCCAUGACCCAAGGAUACAAGCACAGGGACCUGAUGUUUGAGCCAAAAUGGCCAGGCCAUGAAGAUGAUAGUGAUACACAACAACCAAAGGGAAAUUCUACAAGAAGUAGAAGAAUCAGUGCCAAAAAUGUGUUGGGGCUAUCGAAGAGGAAGAACUGUUAAUUAUGCUACUGUCUCUCUAGCAGAGCCUGUUCUGGACAAUGUGCUCACACUGGCUGUGUCUACGCCAGAGCACUCAGGAACAGAAGGGAUCUCUCCCCCCACCUCAUAUCACAGCUCUGCCUGGAUCCAUGGUUGGAUCUAAGAAUCCUGUGACCAUCCUGUGCCGAGGGCCUGCAGAAGCUGAAGUGUACAUGAUAACUAAAGUGGGAAUCCCUGAGCCCUCGGACAGAGAGAAACAGCUGAUGUCUAAGAUGACCAACAGCUUUAGUAUCACAGACAUGACACCAGACAGGGCAGGGCUGUACCACUGUUCCUAUCAGAGUGGAGGCAGCUGGUCCCAGUUCAGUGACCCCCUGCCACUGGUGAUGACCGGAGCUUAUGACAAACCCUCUCUCUCAAGCAUGACUGGUUCUGUGGUGGCUUCAGGGGAGAAUGUGGAGUUGCAAUGUUUCUCAACACUCAAGUUUGAUGCAUUUAUUCUUAUCAAAGAAGAUGGAUAUCGAACCAUCCAGAACCAAAUCUCCACCCACCAGGGGUAUAAACACGAGGCUUUCUUCUUCUUGUAUCAAGUCUCCUUCACACAACCUGGGACCUACAGAUGCUACGGAGUCUUCAGCCGUUACCCCCAUGGGUGGUCUCACCCAAGUGACAGAUUGCAGCUUCAGGUCAGAGCCCCAUUAGCAGAAGCUUCUGACGAUCCUGAUCCCACGAACCCUGAACCUUCACCUGAGCCUGCUGCUUGGUAUCCUUCUGCAGAGAAUCAAGUCCGGCUGAGCCUGGCUGGCCUCAUUCUCUUGGUCCUGGGGAUGCUCUUGGCUGAGGCCUGGUACAGCCGGAACAUGCCCUUCAAUGGAGACAGACAACCUCCAGGAGCUCAGUACAUCUGACCAUAGAGCAGGGCUGUUCUUGCACUUGUGUGCUAACUCCUGGGGGAGACGUGGGGAUGAGAUACUUAACACUCUUUAGAAUUUAGGACAGGACAUGAUUUAAACAGAGAGACAUGCCUAUAAAGCUUACUUACGUAUAAGGUAAAGUAUAAAUUCCUAAGAUCGCUGGUAUUUGGAGGGGGAAAAAUUAGUCUAAGGAUAGAAAUACUGAUUUUUUUUUCAAUAUCCUUUUUCUUGAUUUAAUGUUUAUCGAAAGCUAAUGUAAAAUUAUGAGCAUUUAUGCUGCUUUGUUUGUUUCAGGAUUGAAGGUACACAGAUGUGUGUGAUGUUAGCCAUUGUUCCUAUAUUGGGUUUGUUUUGGGGUUUUUUCUGAAAAGGAAACAUCUUUUAAAAUAUGAGACUAAACAACAGACUCACAGAGUAGUUUACUCUGACUCCAGUUACAUUGGAGUUGAUGAAGUCAUUCUGGAACUUCUAGCUCCAGUCUACUGAAGUAAAUAAUCAAUGUCCUCAGACUUCAACCAGGUGGAUACCGUGCUCUGCAGACACAUGGAGAUACAAAGUUCCAUCACUUGCCCUUUGGUCUCACCUCUGCCCCAUGAUUACACUCGCUAAGAGCUCUCUGCUACUGGCUGCUGUUCCCUUACUAAAUUUCCCUUGUUGGGGAGUCAUCUCAUCUUCUUUGCAACCACUCUAUUUUGCUGUUGUGGCACGAAAACUACUGUAGAUGACACAUGGGCCUGGCUGUGUUCCA